AUGCAGAGUGCCACCGCGAAUUCUGUGCAGUCUUUGAGCGCAACUGACGCCUCGAGGGUACAUGUCGGCAACACCUAUAGUACGACACAGAACUACUACAAGGGAACUGACCAAGAUGAGACCAAGCAACUCUUGAAAGCACUACGCUCCACUGAUCCGCGUCUGGAUAAGCUCAGAAUCCAGGGAACUAACGGUGGCCUGUUGAAGGAAUCAUACAUGUGGAUUCUGGAAACACCAGAGUUUCUCGCUUGGCGCAAUGAAGACCAUGAAAGUCGACUUCUUUGGGUCAAGGGCGACCCCGGAAAAGGAAAGACGAUGCUUCUAUGCGGCAUUAUAGACGAGCUCCUGCCCUCUACAAGACUAGAGAACCCGGAAAGUCAGGUCUCGUUAUCUUAUUUCUUCUGCCAAGCCACACACCCUGAGCUCAGGAACUCGACAGCUGUGCUACAAGGCUUGAUAUACCUAUUAGUCAUGCAACAACCAUGUCUUGCAUCUCAUUUACAAGACUGGCAAGGACACAACACCGCGCAUCGGAACUCUUGGUUUGAAACAGAGAUCUUAUUCCGCAAGAUAGUGGCCGACCCAGCCCUUCGGGAAGCAUACCUAAUCGUGGAUGCAUUAGAUGAAUGCCUUGAAGACCUUGAUUAUCUUCUCGAGGUAAUUUCAUGUUCAAUACCACAUGUUAAAUGGAUUGUCAGCAGUCGUAUCCGCGUUGAAAUCGAAGAACAUUUUCAAACGUUAUCAAUACUCGGACUUUCUCUAGAGCUCCAUGAAGGAUCUGUCUCACAAGCUAUCAGCUACUUCAUCGACUAUCGCACUCGUGAAUUAGUUAAGAAAAAACGUCUCAAAAGCAAUAUAGCCGAACAAGUCCACCGUCACCUAACACAGCACGCUCACGGUACUUUCUUAUGGGUGGCGUUGGUAUGUCGAGAACUAGAGAAGUGCCGAGCUUGGGAGAUCAGCAAGGAAUUAUCACAACUUCCCGAAAAUCUCACUAAGCUUUACGCAAGAAUGAUGGACCAAAUCCGCACGUCCAAGAGUUAUGAAACCUAUAUCAGACUUUUAGCUGUGGCUUCAACUGUUUUUCGCCCAAUUACCUUUCCUGAGGUAAUAGCUAUGGAAGAACAGCUGAACUUGGACGAAGAGACACUUCCUGAUGUUAUAUGGGAAUGUGGUUCAUUUCUGACGUGGAAAGAACAGACAAUUGUUUUCGUCCAUCAAUCCGCUAAGGACUUCUUGCUCAAAGAGUCGAGCUUAUUCCAGUUUGGCCUUGUGCAUCACCAUUACGACCUCUUUAGGAAGUCUAUUAGUGUUCUCAAAUGUCUCCAUAAGGACAUGUAUGAUAUGAUCUAUCCUGGAGUCUCCUUAGACUCAGCAAUCCGCAAUCGCCCUAAGCCUGAUCCCCUGGACAGUUUGGUAUAUGCAGCUGUGUUCUGGGCUGAUCAUGUACGAGUGGCGCAUCAACUCUCUAUUCAAGACGGGACCGAGGAAAAAAUGCCUUUUGUUGACACUAUUCAUACAUUCAUUUCCGAGAAGUUUUUAUUCUGGUUAGAGGUACUUAGUCUUUCUCAGAACCUAUCAGCAGCGGGGAAAGCUUUGUCAUUUCUCAAAGACCUCCCAACCCAAGUCCUUUCUCAACCAGCCGUUAUAGCGCUUAUCGAAGAUUCCCUUCGAUUCCUGCUCCUUUUUAACACUGUCAUCGAAAGCUAUCCACUACAGAUAUACACCUCCGGUUUGCUCUUCAGCCCAAAGAAAAGCCUUAUUCGCAAUCUAUUCGAACAGCAUACGCCUAAGUUUAUUUCAAGGAGCCCUCGAGUGGACGAUACUUGGAGUCCGGUCUUGAGUGUUUUUGAAACUCCUCCAGAAACCAAGAUUAGCACCCUGAGCUUUUCUCCUACCAGUGAAAUGCUGGCUAUGACCACGUCUGACUCUCAGUUGUUGAUAUGGAAUGUCAACGGCGGCUAUAUGCAGAAAAGAUCGAAGUACCAUAAUGCAACGUUGUUGACAACAUCGCCGGAUCUGCGAUGGUUAGCGGUGAUCACCAUGCGCUAUUCUAGUGAUGCACAAAAGCAUGUGCAAGACGCACUUGAGGUUCGCGAGCUGGAUUCCAACGAUACACUUUGGAUUAGAAAACUCGACAACCGACAGGCUAUGGCUAUGGAGAUUUCCCCUGAUAGUCGGUGGCUGGCAGUGUGCUACAAAAAUGAAUUACACGUCUAUGAUCGUGACGGUGGCACGCCUCAGUCAUGGCUUUUGCAACUUGACCUGGAUACAGAACCUUCGGGCAUUACACCCUGGCGCAUGGAAUUUUCCCCGGAUUGUGCUAUGUUGUUACUCUUAUACUGUGACUAUGACUACCGUAUUGUAGUUUCCGACCUGCGCACGGGCAUCCAGUAUAAAUGCUCUGACUUGGAACGUGAGUAUCAUGGGAUGGACGAGAGCAUAAACAACGCAAAGUUUGUCCCAAACACCCACCUGGUCAUGAUUUGCGGUAGCGAGAUAUGCACCUACCUAUGGGACUUCUUAACGGGCGAAUGCAAUGAGCGGCCCAUUGAAUAUGAUGGCGUCGAUUGCCUCGCCUACUCGCACGCUGAAUCCUGGAUGGCUGCAGCAUUCCGCAACAAAGUGACGCUGUUGUGUCGCGAUCAGCGAACUCUACUGCGAGAGCUUGAGCUACCAGAUAACACUUGGGUUGGAGCAAUUCAGGUUUCUUACGAUGACAAGAAAAUUGCAGUCUGUUCAAGAACGACAAUUUGGCUCUUGGAUGUACAAAUCAUUGUGGGUGCCAAACCAUCUUCCGAUGAAGAAGAGGAUGGAUUUCCUCAUAUCCUAAACGACGGAGUUUCUAUCGCUUACUACGACCUUUUCAACAAGAUCGAAAUAAAGAACCCGAUAGAAGGAACUAUCACCACAUUGGACAUACGAAGCAAUGUUUGUGAGAAUGUCGAUCUUAUUGCACUCUCACCCGAAGGUCGGGUUUUAGCUUACAGUGACCGAUCAUCAAUUUACAUUCAAGACUUUGACAGAGAUCACUUAGGGUAUAGCUUCGAAGUUAAUGCCAAAGCUAAACACAUAGUGAUAUCUCCCGAUAUCAGUGGUGAAGGUCAAUGGAUUGCCGUCUGCACGCCCUUUGGGGUAGUUGUGUGGGAUGUCGACCCGGGACAGUUUCAUCGAUUGAUUGAGUUUCCUGACAAUUCGGGGAGACAUCCUGCUAGAGCAUUCUUUACCGGAACCCAGCUGGCAGUUUCAUGGUGUUUUCAUCCGUUGCAACACCCUGACAAUCUUUUGGAUGAGACAUUGGUCCUUUAUGACAUCAAAACUGGCCAACAGCUCGCCCAGCUUAAGCUGCCGUGUUCUUGGCUUUUGUUUGAUUCGCCAGGUGGAAACUUUUCCAUGUCGCCCAACGGCAAGUGGACGGUGUCGUAUAUCUUCAGAUGUAGACGAUUGCUUCUCUCGGAUGUGGAAGCAGGCAUCCAGUAUGCUGUGCUAGACAUUGAUGCGAAGCGGUUCUCCUUCAUCGAUAACUCAACGCUGUGGACGGACCAGGGAGUGUUUUCCCUGGACUGUGUCUUGGACGAUUUGGCUAUUGAGUCACGGCGUGGUAGAACACAAAUAGUAGAGAUGGAUAACCGAGUCACUCAGGAGCUACCUUUGAUCAUUCCUACCUUUGAUAAAUACGGGCGCGAUGCUUUUUGCGAGUGGAUAACCCUCGACACUUAUCCGCUGAUAUGGCUACCCCGACAAUACCGGCCAAAUACUGUCACUCAUUUGGCCCAAAUGGCAAUUGGGCACCAUCACGUUACUAUAGAUUCUAGUGGGGGAACAUAUUCUAUAGUAUUUACAAACGACACAGGAGACUACCUACGGAAAGCGAUGGGUAAUCUAGUUAUAUGA